AUGCCUUCAUCCGCAUAUACCAAUAAGCCGGUUGAUGUUUCGGUCAAGCCGGACACGACCACGCUUAGAGAUAAGAGUGUGAUCAUUACGGGAGUAUUGAGCAUAGGUGCGAGCGGUUUCGGCGAGAAUCAUGCGCGCGCGUUUGUCGCGGCAGGAGCGUUUGUGACCAUCGGCGACAUCAAUGAGGACAGGGGCCGGAGCCUGGCGGCCGAACUAGGACUCAAGGCGCAAUUCAUCAAGAUUGAUGCAAACUCCUGGGAAGACCAGGUGCAAUUGUUCAAGCAGGCCGUGGCCAAGUCGCCUGCAAAGAGCGUCGAUAUCGUCAUCAUCAACGCAGGUGUCGCCGGUCCAGAUGAGAUCUUUGCCUUGGAAGGCAUGGCCCCUUCUUGGCUGACCAUAAGCACCACAGAUCCUGCUUCCGAGCCCAUCAAGCCAACUCUGUCGAUGCUGAACCUGAACCUCAUCGCUUCCAUCUACACGUUCAAACUGGCCCAACAUUAUGUCCGUCUCCACCCAGAGGGACCCGGUCGAGAUCGGUGCAUCAUUAUCAAGGGCAGCGUCGCCGCCCACCUUGACCAACCUGGCUCUUUCCUGUAUCAGACAUCCAAGUUUGGGCUCAGAGGUCUCAUGACGUGUGCGAGGCGAACGUCGUGGCAGGAGGGUAUCAGAGUGAAUAGUAUCGGCCCGUGGUAUACCAAGACCUCGCUCAUGAAGCCUCAUAUUGUCGACAUCUUGAUCUCCAAGGGCAUCAAAUUCGCAGACAUCGCUGAUUGUACGAUGGCCGUGCUGAGAGUCGCCUGUGACCCAAACAUCAACGGUCGAUAUUUGACGAUUCUGCCCCGUUCGAUGGUGCCCAACGGCUACAUUGAUACACAGCUAGAUGACUUUGAAGACGAGCCUUGGAAAAGUAUGCAAAAGGCCAUGUUGGACGCUUCGAUACGUGCGCAGCCUGGCUCGUAA